AUGGGUUGGAUAGUGUAUAAGAAUUGCGGUUUGCGAAGCGGCGCUCGGUAUUUCUCGAACGUAAGAAAAGCGGUCUCUGUGGUGGGAUCUGGACCCUCAGGCUUUUACACAGUGUGUAGACUACUUGCAAAGUCAGAGAUACCAUUGAAUGUUACACUGUGGGAAAAACUACCGGUUCCAUUUGGCCUGAGUCGCUACGGAGUUGCUCCUGACCACCCGGAGGUUAAAAACUGUGAGGACACUUUUAGUCGAUGCGCUCGAGAAUUCGCUACUGGCCUUGAUGCUCGCCACACAUUCACGUUCAUGGGAAAUGUUAGCAUUGGUAAGGAUGUUAAGCUUAGAGAUCUUUUGGAUACGCAAGAUGCGGUGGUACUCAGUUACGGCUGUAGUGGAGAUCAUUUGUUGGGUAUUCCUGGUGAAGCUUCUACGUCAGGCGUGUUCACCAGUCGCGAGUUUGUAAGCUGGUAUAACGGACAUCCUGAUUUUGCUGGUAGCAACGAUAAGCUCAAGUCUUUUCCCUGGUCUAAAGUGCGAAACGUGGGUAUUAUUGGUAACGGAAACGUUGCUCUUGAUGUUGCUCGAGUGCUUUUGAGUAACAGGAUCCCAGAAUUGUGGUCAAACACAGACAUCAACCCUGAGGCCCUUCAGGCGCUCCAAAAAGCACCAAUAGAAAAUGUAAAAGUCAUUGCUCGUCGAGACUUUACUCAUAGUAAGUUCACCAAUAAGGAGUUUCGAGAACUGUGGGAACUAGAAAGAUAUGGCAUUCAAGGGACUAUAAAGCCGGAAUACUUAAAACUUGAACCAUCCGAUCUUGAAAAUGCAGAUCGUGUGUUCAAGAGGCGGGUUGAAAUGGUUGCUGAAUACUCUUUACCCUUUGAUCAGCGCACAAAGAAAAACUACAAAAAACAUCGCCCUCCAGAGCCUUCCAGGUUCUGGGAAAUGGAUUAUUUGAAAACCCCGCUUGCCAUCAAUAGUAACUCUGAGGGCCAGGUUGAAUCACUAACUGUAUGUCGCAACAGUCUUACCCCAAGCAACAAAGUUGAGCAUCAUCUCACUGACACUCUUGAUUACAAUGUGGACGUUCUUAUAACAUCAUUAGGUUACGGCAGUAGUCCGCUCCAAGAGUUUGGUCCACUUCAAAUAGGUUUUGCUACAAACCGGGUUGCAAACGCCAACGGACACGUUUUGGAUACCAGUGGUCGAAUCGUUUCUGGACUUUACGCUUCGGGCUGGAUUCGUAAAGGAAGUAGUGGUGUGAUUGCAUCCACUAUGUCAGACGCUUUUCAAGUGGCCGACGCUGUCAUAGCGGACCUUGAGUCAGGAGCUCCACCAAAGUCCAGGGUUUUGAAAACGACGGGACUGGAAAACACUACUUGGGAAGACUGGGAAAAGAUAGAUCAGGAAGAGAGAAGAAGAGGUCAAUUACAUGGUAAACCGAGAGAAAAGUUUCUAUCGGCCUCUGAAAUGAUAAAUUUCAUCAAAGGCAGUCGCUGA